ACGCAGGCGCAGAAGUCCAGCCAGGACUAACUGGUAAGCUCCGCGCAUGCCCAGAAGUCCGAGCCGCUGGCUCCGCCCAGGUCCUCUCCUUUGACAGCUCGGGCUGGCCAGUGGCUGUACUGCGCGGUUUGCUUACCCGGGGAGCAACUCCUCUCACUUUGUUCCCAUCUGAUCACAAUCGGCCUCACCAUGGCUUCUGGUCACUCAGUGCUGAUGCGGCUGGUGGCCUCAUCCUAUUCCAUUGCACAGAAGGCUGGAGGGAUCGUCCGGCAGGUCAUUGCUGAGGGAGACCUGGGCAUUGUGGAGAAGACCAGCGCCGUGGACUUGCAGACCAAGGCAGACCGCUUGGUUCAGAUGAGCAUAUGCUCCUCACUGGCACGCAAGUUCCCCAGACUGACCAUUAUUGGGGAAGAGGAUCUUCCUUCUCAAGAAGUGGACCAGGAGCUGAUUGAAGAUGGGCAGUGGGAGGAGAUACUGAAGCAGCCAUGCCCAGCCCAGUACAAGGCCAUCAGGGAGGAAGAUCUUGUGGUCUGGGUUGAUCCUCUAGAUGGUACCAAGGAAUAUACUGAAGGGCUCCUUGACAACGUCACUGUUCUUAUUGGAAUUGCUUAUGAAGGAAAGGCCAUAGCUGGAGUUAUCAACCAGCCCUAUUAUAACUAUCAGAGAAAUGAAAAGGAGAAGUUAAGGGAACACAGAAACUCAGCGAAGGCAGGCCCAGAUGCCGUGCUGGGGAGGACCAUCUGGGGAGUUUUGGGCUUAGGUGCCUUUGGGUUCCAGCUGAAAGAAGUGCCCGCAGGGAAACACAUCAUCACGACCACCCGGUCCCAUAGCAACAAGCUAGUGACAGAGUGUGUUGCUGCCAUGAACCCUGAUGACGUGGUUCGCGUAGGUGGAGCAGGAAACAAGAUUAUUCAGCUGAUAGAAGGCAAAGCAUCUGCAUAUGUGUUUGCAAGUCCAGGCUGUAAGAAGUGGGAUACAUGCGCUCCUGAAGUAAUUUUACAUGCUGUAGGAGGCAAGUUAACUGAUAUCCACGGCAAUGCCCUUCAGUACAAUAAGGAAGUGAAGCACAUGAACUCGGCAGGUGUUCUGGCCUCCUUGAGGAAUUUUGACUACUAUGCUAGCCGUGUUCCAGAGUCUGUGAAAAAGGCACUUGUCCCCUAAAGGGAUGGCUCCUUCGCUUAGCACUUGGUUCUCAAAGCCACAGCUUGUCAUAUGGAUGUAAUUAGUGGUCUGCCUUAAUCAGUUACUGAGCAAUUCAGACUUUGUUAUUUGGGAAUGGAAAAAUGAUUUAGAGAGCUUAUUCUGACUAAUCACCUGCACCAUGUUGGCAUCUGGAGAAUUUGUGAAGUGCUCUGAUAUGUAUCUUUUUCUCCUCCUGUUGAUAAAAAUUCCAGUGGACUGUCCAGUUUUGCUCUGCAA